CCUGCUUUUUCUUCGUGCACCACCAAAGCUUCCGCCCCAAGUCGGAGUUUCGUCUUUCCGAACUGAAAAACCUCACCGGGUUUUUCUUCGUCAUUGGCGCCGUUGAAUAUACUUUUCACUUUUUAUUUCUCGUAUUUCAGCUCCGUCCAAAUGAGAAGAUUCAGCUGGCUGGGGCUGGUUCAGCGGCAGUUACAGUCAUCAAUAGCUGUAGAAUCAGCAUGUACAUUGCAUCAGUCAUUCUGUAGACAAGCCUUGCACAGUUGCAGUUUGAAUGUUGGGAAACACGUUGAGUUUGCGGCAGGUGGAGUAUCAUUAAGACCGCGGUACAUUCAUGCUACAGGAUCAUGUUGCUCUGCAUCACGAGACUACUAUGAAAUUCUUGGUGUCCCUCAAAAUGCUAGCCGAGAUGAGAUUAAGAAGGCUUUUCAUGCUCUGGCAAAAAAAUAUCAUCCAGAUGCGAAUAGGAAUAAUCCUUCUGCUAAGAAGAAGUUUCAAGAGAUAAGAGAAGCUUAUGAGAUUUUAGGAGAUUCUAAAAAGAGGGAAGAAUAUGAUAGGCUGGGGACUAAUCAUACAGGGGAUAUGGAAUAUGAUCCUAGUGAUGCUGAGAGGUUUACACGUGCUUAUCGAACUCAUUUCUCUGAUUCUUUCCACAAAAUAUUCUCUGAGAUUUUUGAGGAGGAGACUGAUCAUUUUGCACCUGAUAUUGAGGUGGAGUUGAUACUCUCUUUUUCUGAAGCUGCUAAAGGAUGCACAAAGGAUAUGUCUUUUGAUGCAUUUGUUCCCUGUAAUUCUUGCAGUGGACGUGGCUAUCCCGUUGAUGCCAGAACAAGAAUUUGCUCGACUUGUAGGGGCGUAGGGAGAGUUACAAUUCCUCCAUUUACGUCAAUGUGUAGUACGUGUAAAGGGUCAGGACAGAUAAUUAAGGAAUACUGUAUGUCAUGCAAAGGAUCGGGGGUGGUUCAAGGCACAAAAAAUAUUAAAUUUACAAUUCCAGCAGGUGUGGAAUCUGGAGAUACAAUACGUGUGCCAGAUGCUGGUAAUGCAGGGGCACGAGGAAGUCGGCCUGGCAAUUUGUUUAUUAAACUGAAGGUUGCUGAUGAUCCGAUCUUUGCUAGAGAUGGUGCAGAUGUUCAUGUGGAUGCUAAUAUUAGCUUAACACAAGCCAUUCUUGGUGGUAAGAUUGAGGUGCCAACUCUGUCAGGCAAGAUACAAGUAAAAAUACCUAAAGGGGUUCAACCUGGACAAAUAGUUGUUUUAAGAGGGAAAGGACUUCCAAAGCCUGGUUUUCUUAUCGACCACGGGGAUCAAUAUGUGCAUUUUCGCAUUAAGUUCCCUAUUACAAUAAAUGAACGCCAGAGGGCUAUUUUAGAAGAAUUUGCAAUAGAGGAAAUUAAUAACGAAAGCAGCACUUCUACAGAAGGAAAUUGGCUUUAUCAGCAGCUCUCUACUGGUUGAACUUACAGGUGGCAGCAAAUUCUUGCACUUACUACAAGCUCUAAGUUUAUACUUCAGUUUUCUGCGCUGUUGCUGAUCAUGCUCUUGAUGAAGAAUGUGAUAGGUUAAACCGAGUCGACCUGAGUGGAGUUGGAUGAAGGUAAGAAUUCCAAUUGCUAAUGAAUACUAACAUGGAAGUUUGUCCUUGUCUCAUUUUUUUCGACUGGAGGUCCAUGUUGGUAGAGGUUAUCAAUACAAGCUGAUUGCAAAAUAAGUCGAUUGCUUUCCCCUUGGGUUUUCUGCAAUAUGGUAACCCCACUUACAUGAUACUGCUGUACAAGCACAUUUUGAUUUACUUCUAUAAUGAUAUAAAGUUAAUUGAUUUACUGGUGGGCAAAAGUUCCUUUUUGUUGACAAUCCAACAUAAUGUAUAAAUAAUUAGUUAGCGAUGCAGCAAGGGCAAUUAAGCCUUGUAA